AUGGCCUCAGAGACAGACGAAGAUGGCGUUACAAGUCCCUCUAAAACAGAAAUCAGUGACCCGCUCGAGGGCUACCGUCAAGAAGAAGCGAGCGACAUGUUUCGAAUCACCUGCGAACAAUAUGUCACUGACCGAGAAGCCAACACAAAGGGAACAGCCAAUCCAUCUGUCAUGAACAAACCGUUCUGGAUGUUCCAGGUUGGCCCAGGAGGGUUCCCCGCGUGGAAUGCUCGAACAACUUUUGGAAAUGCGGAAGACCCUUUUGCAGACUUUGAAGACCCGGUAUGGUGCUUUACCCGGUAUGGCGCGACGCGCACAAAGCUUCCUGAUGGUCGCGUCGUCUGCAUAGCUGGGGAGCAUGAGGAUGGCUACGAUCCAGAUUUCUGUAUAUACAACGAUGUGGUAGUCUUCGACGCGCUGCAGAAAACUGAUCCGCCUCCCCUGCUCACCCCAGAGUGCAUCAAGAUUUACGGGUACCCAGUCGAAAUUUUCCCACCAACAGACUUCCACACGUCCACAUACUCCGUAGACCCCACAACCGGAAAGGAGUCUAUCAUCAUCGUUGGCGGACUUGGUUACACUGGCCAGGCCUCUCGGUCUCAGACCGACGUCUACCAGCUUGACCUGACUGACUUCAGCAUACAACGACUGAUCACGUCUGGUGUGGGUCCUACUGGAGGAACCAGCAAGCACACAGCAGAGCUUAUUGGUGGGGAAGGGCAAGCUGCAAUCAAAAUAAUGACAGCAGAAAGCAAGAUGUUCACGCUGCGCAUCCACGACAUGAGAUGGAUCUGA